AUGAUUGGUGGUCGUAAUAGUAUGAAACCAGAACUGAUGCCAAUCUCUCCUCUUUUAUCGACAGCUGCAAAAGGUGAAACUACCACCACUUCGCCCACCGGUAAAAGCAAGAAGAAACGAAAGCCACGAUCCAAGAAUAACAAACGACGACAAUCGAAGAUGCCAGACUUGGUGGAGACUUGGAGAGUCUAUGGACUCAAAGUCCACCCCGACGAUUUGACCCAAGAUGAUGACGAAAACAAGAGUGUUUUCGAUCAAAAGCGAGAUGCUGCAGAUGGAGAACCCAAGGCACCCAUUCCCAAGGCCCUUGAAGACAUUCUACUGAAAAAGUUAAAAGUGUCCGAACUCCCACCGAAUACCAACCUCGUACGACGAUCCCUGGACGCCCGCAAAAAGUUGGAACAUCCCACCUUUCAAUAUGUUGUCGACGUGCCACUGACACGACAAGAUUCGUACAAGUUGGGAUGGAAGAACCGACCUGGCCGUACCGAAAUUUUGGAAAUCCAAGCUAAGAAUGAGACCGCGAGCACAAGUGACGAAUCGUCGUCAGCAUCCAAUGAGAAGAAGCAAGUCAUUGUCGUAGGCACAGGUCCUUGUGGACUCUUUUGUGCCCUCCAACUGGCAUUGGAAGGAGUUAAGCCUAUUUUGAUCGAUCGUGGAGAGCCGGUGGAACGACGAGGACGAGACAUUGGUGCCCUCAUCCAUCGACGAAACAUGAAUCCUGAAAGCAACUUUGCCUUUGGAGAAGGAGGUGCAGGCACCUGGAGUGAUGGCAAACUGACCACAAGGACUGGUCGAAACUCGGAAAGUGUGCGAUGGAUUUUGGAGAAGCUGGUGGAAUAUGGAGCGCCGUCCAACAUUCUGUGGGAGGGAGCUCCCCAUUUGGGAACCGAUAAUCUUGUCAAGUUGCUGAGAAAGAUGCGAGAGCAUUUGAAGGAACUGGGCGGAGAAAUUCACUUCGGUACACGCAUGUCCAAUCUGAUUCUCGAGGAUGGUGUGGUCAAAGGAGUACAAGUCGAAGACGAACAAGGAUCCAGAACCAUCUUUGCAGAUGCCACUGUCUUGGCCACGGGUCACUCUGCGCGCGAUGUGUACGAAUCGCUGAACUCAUGCGGUGUGCAACUCGAAGCAAAGGGAUUUGCUGUCGGCUUUCGCAUUGAACAUCCACAAAAGUUUAUCAACAAGAUUCAGUAUGGCAACGAGUGGGGCCUUGCUGUGAAGACGGGCAAGUCCACAACUGACGAAGUCAACCUGGAACAUUUUGGAGGAACGCCCUCCGAACACGAAGGCAAGCUACCGGUUCCCAGUUACCGUUUGGCAACUGAUAAGGCUGAAGAUGGGACUGGCAACUACCGCGGGGUCUACAGUUUCUGCAUGUGUCCGGGAGGACAAAUUGUCCCGGCCUCCACCAAUUCCAGCGAAGUUUGUGUCAAUGGCAUGAGUUUCAGUCGACGGGAUUCCUUGUGGGCCAAUAGUGCUUUGGUGGUGACAGUUGCUCCAGAUGAUCCCGUUUUGGAACCAUACCGAGAGCAAUACGGUGUCUUGGCAGGACUGGAAUUUCAACGAGACAUGGAACGUCGGGCAGCAAUCUUGGGAGGGGGAAACUUGACGGUCCCUGUCCAACGAGUGACAGACUUUUGCGAGGGACAAGUGUCCGAAACCAUCCCUUCCUCUUCCUAUCGAUUGGGAGUCCAAUCGGCACCAUGCCACGAACUUUAUCCCGAGCCCAUUACCAGAGCACUGACCAAUGCAUUGACCAAUCAAUUCUCCGACAGCAUGCCGGGUUACUUCCAUCCAGACGGAUUGUUGCAUGCAGUGGAAACUAGAACAUCCAGUCCCAUGAGAAUAUCUCGAGAUGCAGAAACCUUACAAGCAAUCGGGUGUGACGGACUCUUUCCUGCUGGAGAAGGGGCUGGAUUCGCUGGUGGCAUUGUUUCUGCGGCGGUUGAUGGGGUGAAUGUAGCCGGAGCGGUCAUGGACAAGCUUGAAGGUACAUCUUCCAGAACGGGACAACGAUCAAAGUCAGUGGGCUUUUCCUACUAG